UACAAGAUACAAGAUGGCUGCCCUGUGACUGGUUGGGUGUAUAAUCGUUAAAACCGUAUUUGUCUUCAGGGUUUCAUAUAAAUUCAGUAUCAAAAUUUGUCAAAAUUGUUUGUUAGUUCAACGUGAAACAGUGUUAUUUCGGUAAUCGUGUAGUUUGUGUAUGUUUCGUGAAAGUUUAAUUAUUAUCGUAAUCGAAUCAUCGGAUGUCAAAAACUCAAUUAGGUAACAAUAUAUAUGUUUCUCAAGAACCAAAAUGAUGUCGGACAGAAAAGCCGAAUUGGAAAGGAAGAAGGCAAAGCUCCAAGCCAUAAGGGAAGAGAAAGAAAGACGGCGAAGGGAAAAAGAGCAGAAAGAUGUUGAAGAGGCAGCAGGCAGCCUCAGAGCAGCUGGGACGGAAAAAGAUCAACGCCGUGAGCUGGAUGCGAUGCUAUCGUCCCUCGGAGUAGCUCCUGUCUCAGAUGUAUUGUCUAGUCUUUCGAGUAUGAAUUCUUUGACGUCAGAACAAAGUGCCAAUGCCACUCCGGAUGCCAGUAUACAGCCGACGAGUUUAAAUUCAAGUCAAAGUGCAUCAAGCAAGAAAAAGUCGAAUCGAGAGUUGACCGUAGUUUCGGUCGCUCACACAAACAUUCCACCGAAGGAGCCUGUGGUUUAUAGCAAACAGACUCAAACUGCUCAAACCGCUCAUGCAACCCACGACGGACUAUCCGUCUCCUCUUCCACAAAUACGAUCUUCUCCUACUGUACGACAACGUCACCAUCUCACUCUUGCUCCGCAGGCUACUUUGAGACCGACUGGUGGCGUCCCAGGAAAGGUGGGUCUGCACCAAACUACCUAUCUCAUGCAUUCGACUAUUACGACGAGUACAAUCUAAAUCCUGGUUUAGAAUGGGAGGACGAAUUCACAGUUUUGACAUAUGAUGAUGGCCAAGCCGAGGAUGAAGAAAACAGUUUGCCACACAUCGAUGGCUUCCAGAGCAAACUUCCACCAGGAAUUCUUCCUCAUGGUCUUCCUCAGGUCAAAGAAGUUCAGCCUGCUCUUACGCAAGUUGAGCAGGAGAAAGAGAAGGAAAAACCACCGAAGGAGGUUCGAGAACUUAGCGAAGAGGAAAAACAGAUGAUCAUUUUAUCCGAGGAUUUCCAACGUUUUCUCGAUCGAACAAGCAGAGUCGUAGAAAGGGCUCUAGCAGAAUCGGUUGAUAUUUACACUGAUUAUACCGGCACUUUGGAUGGGGAGGAAGGGAUGGACGAGAAAAGUCAUCAGCGUUUGUGGCUCAAUCGUUCGUUUUUCUGCGAACGCUGGUCGAGAAAUCGGUGCGUCACAUCGAUGGAUUGGUCUCCCCAACAUCCUGAACUCCUGGUUGCUUCGUACACCAAUAACGACGACACUCCAAAUGAUCCCGACGGUGUUUGUCUAGUCUGGAACACAAAAUUCAAAAAGACAACGCCGGAAUACAUUUUUCAUUGUCAGUCGGCUGUGUUGUCUACAACCUUUGCACGAUUUCAUCCAAAUUUGAUACUCGGCGGCACGUACUCCGGUCAAAUAGUUUUGUGGGACAACAGAGUACAGAAGAGAACGCCGAUUCAACGCACACCUCUGUCAGCCAGUGCACAUACGCAUCCGGUCUACUGUCUCAGCGUGGUUGGGACUCAAAAUGCUCACAACCUGAUCAGCAUAUCAACCGACGGUAAGAUGUGUUCUUGGAGUCUGGACAUGUUGUCACAACCGCAAGAAACUCUCGACAUCCAGACGAAACAGUCAAAGGCCAUAUCAGUCACGUGUCUCGCUUUUCCUCAUGCCGAUGUCAACAAUUUCGUCGUUGGUAGCGAGGAUGGAACAGUUUUCUCCGCUUGUCGUCACGGGACGAGGGCAGGAGUUACCGAAAUUUACGAGGGCCACCAAGGCCCCGUGACCGGGAUCAGUGCUCACGCUGUACAAGGAGGAAUCGAUUUUUCGCAUCUUUUCCUCACAUCCUCGAUCGACUGGACGAUCAAACUGUGGAGUUUGAAGGAAAGCAAACCUCUCUAUUCGUUCGAGCAUAACGGUGAUUACGUUUACGACGUGGCUUGGUCGCCCACACAUCCUGCCCUAUUCGCCGCUGUCGAUGACUCCGGACGAUUGGAUUUGUGGAACUUGAAUCAAGACACGGAGGUACCUACGGCCAGCGUCGUGGUCGAUGGUUGUCCGGCAUUGAACCGAGUCUCGUGGACUCCCAGCGGUUUUCACGUCACCGUUGGCGACGACUUGGGUAAAAUUUGGGUGUACGACGUCGCCGAGAAUUUGGCCCACGCUCGAGGCGAUGAAUGGAACAAAUUCUUGUACACCCAGCAAGACUUGAAAAACAACAAGGCCGACGAGGAACUUGACAAGUUGAAUCUUAGUUCCGGACCUUCGAGUCUGACCUCAAUGUCCUCAAUCUCUUCCGUGCCUAUUAGAUAAAUGAAAGUACGAGCCUCCUCGUUACGCGUCACAAAAGAAAUAUCGAGCAUAAAACAGCUUCGACGACGAUUACGUAGCAACGUUCUAACUUAUUCUAGGAUCAAUAUCAAUGUCCUAAAAAUGUAUUCUUUUCGUCUCAACUAUUCUGUCAGCACUAAAUAUUCAAGAUCCCGAUAUUCAGCAAGCUUUCAGCAUUCGAAUGUAAGAUUAAUUGUUCGAAUGAUUCGUAAUUUGAUGAAUUACCCUCGAAGAAUCACGUUCAUUCAUUUUGUUUCGACUCACAGCCUAAAAUUCUAAUUGACCGAAUAUUUUUCUUUUCGUUUCUAUAAUAACGGUGCUCGUCAGUUAUCGUUUUAUGCUUUUUUUUUUUAAUGUAAAUAAUCUUUAAUUAUAUGUUGCUUGUUCAUUCUUUCUUUUAUACUUGAAUAUCUGCAACAGCAAUAUCAAAAAGUUCGAAUUUUUUAACUGCGAUAUCAAUGAAUAAUGUUUUGUCGAGCUACGUUAGUCCCGAGUCUCAGUCUUAAAUUGUUAAAUCUACUGAAUUUCGUUACCGUUAAGUUAUUUGUAUCGUUUGAUUGCCUAAAUCAGAGUCAACUUUUGUAUUGAGCUUCGUGUAAUUGUUCUAGCAUGUCAUUAAAAUCUAUUGUUGCGGUAAAA